AUGGAGCGUGCCCGAAAAUUGGCCAACCGGGCAGUUCUGAAACGCCUGGUUUCAGAAUCCAAGCAGUCCCGCCGGAAUGAAUUACACAGGUCAUCGAUGUAUGUCUCUUCAUUAACUACGAAUGUAGUACGAGGUGAAAAUUUAUGUAAAUCCCAUGUUUUUUCUUCCCCGAGUUUGGUACAGUAUGUUGGGACUCGAUCCAUUUCAGUGGAGGCUCUGAAACCAAGUGACACCUUCCCCCGGCGUCAUAACUCCGCCACCCCGGAAGAUCAAACCAAAAUGGCGGAGUAUGCCGGGUUUAAUAGCCUUGAUGCACUCAUUGAUGCCACUGUGCCUAAAUCUAUUCGUUUAGAUAGUAUGAAAUUGCCUAAAUUUGACGAGGGGUUGACUGAGGCACAAAUGAUUGAGCAUAUGAAGAUAUUAGCGUCUAAAAAUAAAGUUUUCAAGUCGUUUAUUGGGAUGGGAUAUUAUAAUACAUAUGUACCUCCCGUUAUAUUGAGGAAUAUAAUGGAGAAUCCGGGUUGGUAUACGCAGUAUACUCCGUAUCAGGCUGAGAUAGCGCAGGGCCGUCUUGAAUCCCUGCUGAAUUUUCAAACUAUGAUUACAGAUCUUACUGGAUUGCCUAUGUCCAAUGCUUCUUUGCUCGAUGAAGGGACUGCAGCGGCUGAGGCAAUGGCUAUGUGUAACAAUAUUCAAAAGGGCAAAAAGAAAACUUUUGUUAUUGCUAGUAAUUGUCACCCUCAGACUAUUGAUAUUUGUAAGACGAGAGCGGAUGGAUUUGGGCUUAAGGUAGUUGUUUCUGAUGUUAAUGAAAUUGAUUAUAAAUCUGGGGAUGUUUGUGGGGUUCUUGUCCAAUAUCCGGGAACCAAGGGCGAGGUUUUGAACUAUGGGGAGUUUAUUAAGAAUGCACACGCCAAUGACGUGAAGGUUGUAAUGGCUUCUGAUUUGUUGGCUUUGAUAAUGUUGAAGCCUCCGGGUGAGUUGGGGGCAGAUAUUGUGGUUGGUUCUGCUCAGAGGUUCGGUGUACCAAUGGGGUAUGGAGGUCCCCAUGCUGCUUUCUUGGCUACGUCCCAAGAAUACAAGAGGAUGAUGCCAGGAAGAAUUAUUGGAGUCAGCGUUGACUCUACUGGAAAACCUGCUCUUCGUAUGGCAAUGCAGACACGGGAGCAACAUAUUCGUAGGGACAAAGCUACGAGCAACAUUUGCACAGCUCAGGCAUUGCUUGCCAACAUGGCUGCUAUGUAUGCCGUCUAUCAUGGACCAGAAGGCUUGAAAACCAUUGCCCAAAGAGUUCAUGGUUUGGCAGGAACAUUUGCUGCUGGAUUGAAAAAACUCGGGACUGUAGAAGUCCAGAGUCUUCCAUUCUUUGAUACUGUGAAGGUCAAAUGUGCUGAUUCGGAGGCCAUUGCUGAUGUUGCCUACAAGAAUGAAAUAAAUUUGCGGAUUGUGGACAAGAAUACUGUAACUGUUUCUUUUGAUGAAACAACCACCUUAGAAGAUGUUGAUAAACUAUUUGAGGUUUUCGCAUGUGGCAUGCCUGUGACAUUCACUGCCGAAUCCCUUGCGGCAGAGGUUCAAAAUUUGAUCCCUUCGGAGCUUGUGAGGGAGAGUGCAUAUCUGAGUCACCCAAUAUUUAACUCGUACCACACUGAACACGAGCUGCUUAGGUACAUUCACAGGCUUCAAUCAAAGGAUCUCUCAUUGUGCCACAGCAUGAUUCCCUUGGGGUCUUGUACAAUGAAAUUAAAUGCAACAACCGAAAUGAUGCCAGUAACAUGGCCAGCAUUUGCAAAUUUACAUCCUUUUGCCCCUAGUGAACAGGCUGAGGGUUACCAGGAAAUGUUCAAUGAUUUGGGUGAAAUGUUAAGCACAAUUACUGGCUUUGAUUCCUUCUCCCUGCAACCCAAUGCUGGUGCUGCUGGAGAGUAUGCUGGGUUGAUGGUCAUUCGUGCAUAUCAUCUGUCAAGAGGAGAUCACCACCGUAAUGUUUGCAUCAUACCAGUCUCAGCACACGGAACAAAUCCUGCAAGUGCCGCCAUGUGCGGGAUGAAAAUUGUUGCUGUUGGAACGGAUGCCAAGGGAAACAUUAACAUUGAAGAGUUACGGAAGGCUGCUGAAGCAAAUAAGGAGAACCUAGCUGCUCUUAUGGUUACAUAUCCUUCAACUCAUGGAGUUUACGAGGAAGGAAUUGAUGAGAUAUGCAAAAUAAUUCAUGACAAUGGUGGUCAAGUUUACAUGGAUGGAGCCAAUAUGAAUGCCCAGGUUGGGCUGACAAGCCCGGGGUUUAUUGGUGCGGAUGUUUGUCAUCUUAAUCUACACAAAACAUUCUGUAUUCCUCAUGGCGGAGGUGGACCUGGGAUGGGGCCCAUUGGCGUAAAGAAACACCUAGCACCAUUUCUACCAUCUCAUCCCGUGGUUCCCACAGGAGGGAUACCGGCCCCAGAAAAAUCUCAGCCCCUCGGUACUAUUUCUGCUGCUCCUUGGGGAUCUGCACUCAUUUUGCCAAUAUCAUACACCUAUAUUUCCAUGAUGGGUUCAAAGGGAUUGACAGAUGCAUCAAAAAUAGCCAUCUUGAAUGCUAACUACAUGGCAAAGCGUUUGGAGGAGCACUACCCCAUUCUUUUCCGUGGUGUAAAUGGGACGGUCGCCCAUGAGUUCAUUGUUGAUUUGAGGGGCUUUAAGAAUACCGCUGGAAUUGAGCCUGAAGAUGUUGCUAAACGUCUCAUUGACUAUGGAUUUCAUGGACCAACAAUGUCAUGGCCGGUUCCUGGUACACUCAUGAUUGAACCAACUGAAAGUGAAAGCAAGGCAGAGUUAGAUAGGUUCUGUGAUGCUCUUAUUUCGAUUAGACAAGAAAUUGCACAAAUUGAGAAAGGAAAGGCUGAUAUUCGCACCAAUGUUCUCAAGGGGGCUCCUCAUCCACCAUCACUCCUCAUGGCAGAUGCAUGGACAAAACCAUAUUCUAGAGAAUAUGCUGCCUUCCCGGCUUCCUGGCUCAGAACUGCUAAGUUCUGGCCAACUACAGGACGUGUGGACAAUGUGUAUGGCGACCGUAACCUCACAUGCACCCUCCUUCCAGUCUCUCAGAUGGCCGAUGGACCGGCUGCAUCCACUGCUUAA